AAUAAUAAUAAUAAUAAAGUCAAAAAACAAAUUGAAUGUACACAACAACUGAAAUAUUUUAUUAAAGUAAAGCAAUGUGAAUAAAUGAUGGUUAAUAAGUAGGGAUGCAUCGGUAAGCAUAUCGGAAUCGCACCAAUAUUAGCUAAUAAUGCCAACAUCGGCAUCGGCCUGUCUAGUUUAACCCCAAUGUACAAAACCGAUGUCAAAGCUGACGUGCAUACCUAUAUAACGUAGGUAGAUGACGUAAUGACGUCAUGAACAGUAUUGCGCUACACGUGCACCACAGCAUUCCUCACCUAGCCCACAAUGUCUGCUGUGUGGAUCUAUUUGGAAGUUUCAAAGGAAGAUAACAGAAAGGUCAUAUGUAACGUUUGUGUUGCUAUUAUUUCCCGAGGAGGGGAGAAAGUGAUAUCUUUCAAUACCACAAACCUAAUGACUCAUUUGAAAGUGCAUCACCCCCAGACGUUCUGCGACUACUUAGAACAAAAGCAGAAAAUACACUAAGCGCACACUUCCAACAACUAAACAAGUUCAAGUCCAGCAGUCAUUUGAAAGAGUAAGAACAUUUCAGUGAGACAAUCAAAGGUGAAAUCCAUUAAUGCCAAGAUAAUGGAAUUCAUUGCCCUUGACAAUCAACCGUUCUCUGUCGUGAAUGAUGUUGGCUUUCGCCGACUGGCCGAGCACCUCGAGCCCCGGUACACACUACCAAGUAGGCACUCUUUUUCAGAUGUUGUGCUACCGGAGUUACACAGUAUUGUUGAAACGCACAUCCAUGAGCUACUUGCUAUGGGCGUCACUUCUUGUAGCUUCACGGCUGACAUUUGGACCAGCGAUGUCAGCCCAAUGAGCAUGCUGAGUCUGACAGCAUAGAGGGUAGACGAGGAUUUCGUACUGAAGAAAGCCACAUUGCAUGCUGAAGAAUGUGUCGGUUCUCAUACCGCUGCUGCCAUCUCAAUGGGAUUUGAGAACAUGUUUGAAACUUGGAAACAUGAACACACUCCUAGCUCCAUUCGAACAACUGACUGGAGAAAUAAGUUAAUCAACUGCAUCUGCAGCAGACGUGAUACCAUCUGUCAUGGCAUUGAAACACCUGCUCAACAAAACUGCAGACAGAUUGUGGGGUUAAAACUCGCAAAAGUACUCUACUAGAGGCUGUGAACAAGCGAUUCGGUGGCAUUCUCUCUGAGCAUCUUUACUGUGUCGCCACCAUGCUGGAUGCUAGGUACAAGGACCGCUACUCGAUGCUGACAAGAAACAGGGUUUACAUGAAAUGUUAAAGACACAGCUGGACAAGAUGAAAACGGACAAAGUGACGGUGCGCACCGAAGAAGAGGACCCACGACAGAAGAGGCCAUGGAAAGACAGAGCUGAAACUUCACUGCUUGGCAUGUAUGAUGAAAUCCUGGUUGAGAAUGAAACGACUGAACAAAUGAACAAUGAAACAGCACAGCAAGUGACCUGUCCCCGGUGCAGAUGUCUCCAGUGGCCCAGUCUCAGUUCCUCCCUCUAGCCGAGGUCCUCUGCUGUGUCAUCUCUGACAUGAACUCCUCCGAUAUCACCGUCAACCAGGAAGCCCUCAUCAGUCACAUGACCAAGGCUCACCCAGGUAUGACCAUCCCUACUCAGGACAUCCUGUACAACGCUCUGGGCUCGUUGAUCAAAGAGAGGAAGAUCUACCACACAGGAGAGGGCUAUUUCAUUGUCACUCCUCAGACCUACUUUAUCACCAACAGCCUGGUGAGAGAGAAGAGCUGGUGGACCUCAGGGUCUGGAGACAACGAUCUGCCAUCCCCUCCCCCCAUCACCUACCUGCUCAGUAAUGACACCCUGGAGAGCCAUUCACAGCCCCCUCUGGUGGCCCAUUGCAAGUCCUGCAGCUGCUUUGCCCCUGCCCAGAACGUGACCAAUCCUGCUACUACAGCCACUACAGCCACCAUGGUUCCUCCAUCCCUCCCAGACCAGCACUCGGUUUCUGUUUCUAUUAGCGAGUGCACAGGGAAGAGUCUAAAGUGGUCCCGGGACCACAAGCCUCAAGUCCAGCACCAGUCGACCUCGACGGCCGCAGACUACCAGGCUAGCGAGGUCAGCAAGACCACUACGGCUACUGCCGCCAGCCGCAAGGACAAACCGGGGAGGAGGUUUGGCCUCAGCCUCUUCAGGAGGAAUGGAGGGAAGAAGGAGAAAGUGAAGAAAGAAUAUGCCUUGUUCUCGGGUCAGUUCCCGCCGGAGGAGUGGCCGGUGAGGGACGAGGAGGAUCUGAACAAUCUGCCCAGAGACCUGGAGCAUGCCAUCAUUAGACGCAUCAACCCUGAGCUCACUGUGGACAACCUGACACGCCACACUGUACUUAUGAAGAAACUGGGGGAGAGAGGGACGGAAAGGGAUAAAGGUUUGGACAAGGGGGACAGGGUAGACAGAGGGGACAAGGUGGUGGACAAGGGCAUGUCCACUGAGAUCCUGACCAGCUCCAAGCCCAGACAACAACACUCCUCCCGGCCCGUACUCGGAGCAGGGGUUGGGGGCAGGAGAUCUACUUCCAAGGCCUCUCGCAGCAAGAGAACGCAUUCCUCCGGGGAGAAACAGAAAGACAGGUUGAAGACUAAGGCCCCAGUGUGUGUGGAUGUGGACCCAGACAAGGAUGACCUGGUCCCCUCUCGCCUCAGACCUGAGGUCCCUAUCCAUGAACCAAACCAUAGAGAUGAUCCAGGAGCGGUGGAGGGGAAAAGCCUCUAUAAGAAACGCAUUGACAACCCCUUUGAGGGUCAACCACCUGGGAAAGAUACAACCCCAACCCAGACUGUGGCCCCUAGCAUGACCCACAAAGAACAGAGGAGGAGAGAGGGAAAGGAAGCGAAGGAGGGGAAAGAGAGGAUGACUUCAGGAGGAGGCAGGAGAGAACGAGUGGGACACCGCUCCAAAUCCUGGGACCCGCACAAAGCCAAAGCGACCGCUGAUGACACAGAGCAUGCUGGAAAGUCUCAUACAACCGAGGACAGGUCAUGUGACCGUCUCCACUCGAGGGUGUUCACCACCGACCCCCUACUCCUGCACCCCUCUGACACCAAACCCCCCAGAGAAUUACCGUCAGACUACAGCUCGGCAUACCCCCAGAGCAGCACCCUAAGGAUAGACGACAAGGUUAGAUAUCAGAGGGAGAGAAAGAACAGAGGGAGGGACAGCAGGGAGGGAGGGAAGGAGAAGGAGGGAAAGCAUAGAACGACACAGCAAGCAGAAUAUGGCAGUACAACGGACCAUAGACACCCAGCAGUAACAAGCCAAACCCUAGACUCUGAUGCCAACCUCCCUUGUACCCACCUCUAUGACCCAGUCCCUGCCCAUCCGUGCGACCCGGCCGUGCCCUGGCCAAAGCCUGCUGUGCAUCGCAGGCACUCCUUCAAACACACAGACACACAGGGAGACCUAACCCACAGGCCUGACCUGCUCUCCUCUCACCAACAGGCUUGCAGUACCACCCCCAACCAGCAUGGUCUGGUACACAGCAGUGGUGGCAGUAGAGAGCACAGGAGUCCAGGUCAUGAGCAUGAGGACAUUGAUGGGUUAAUGGUGGAAAGUAAUAGCUUUAUGAUAGAGAGUGAUGAGUUUAUAGAAGAUGAUCACAGGCUUUACCAGAGAGCAGAGGAAGAAGAUGAGGAUGCCUGUAGUUCUCUGUAUCUGAGUGAAGAGGGAGUCAUUGACAACAGAGAGAUCUAUCAAACACGAAUGUCUCACUAUCAUGACUCUCAGUCCCUCUACCAUGAUCCUCAGACCAUAUACCAAGACACUCACUUCGACCACCAAGACCCUACUCCCUACCAGGACCAACCUCACUCCUCUUACCACGAGCCCCAACCCCACUUCCCCGACCCCCAUUCUCUCCAAGGAGACUGGGAUAGCACUUAUGCGGAGGAGCACUCUUCUACCAUCCACCAAUACCCCUCUCUGUCCCCUCACAGCCCCCACGGACAGGAUGAGGAGAGGUGCGUCAGAGUGAGCCGCUCUACCCUUAGCAACCUCAGCCAGCCGUCACCAGGGACCCACAGCGAUCCCAGCCCCAGGCGAGGAGCCCCGAUCCUUGGGGAGCGACGGCAGGACGCCAGCCUCUCCCUGGAGGGUUUGGAGCAUGCUGGGGCGGCAGACAGCAGCAUAUUUGACUACUGCCAGACCAGCGAGGUGGAGUCUGACGCUGAGACCCUCCAUAAGUCAGCAGACGAGGGGGACGGGGAGUCGGCUCACUGGGGUUGCGGAGUAGAGGAAGACGGGGAGGAAAAGGGGGACUGUGAGACCCUGAGGGAGAGAGGAGGCCUUCAGAGCUCAAGUAUCAGUCUGGGCAUGUCCAGUGGAGCCGGAGGGGGAAAGAUGAUGGGGGAGGCAGGGGAGAGUCAGAGCAACACAGGAGACAGCGGGAUAGACUCGCCACGCACCCGUGUGACUCUGGCAACCAACAACACAGUGAUUCUGGAGGGUCUAAAGAGGAGAGGUUUCCUACAGAACCUGGAGAAACUGCACUCCAAGAGCUCCGCCAUAAGACCACAGAGCUCUUUGCUACAGCUCACACCAGUCAUGAACGUAUAGAAACCAUAGGCCCCCAGAUGCAUCUCCGAGGGAGGGACAAUGAGCUCCCUGACGCAGCUCUGUGUGAGGGCCCAUGAGUCCCCUGAUGCAGCACCGUCUGUUCCGCCAUCAGAAAGCGUGGGAAGUAAGAAGAAUGUGCAAUCAGAUAUGGGGUUCACAGCCUAUCUUCAUGGACUUCCAGCAUGUUUGUUACACUGCUGUCAUAAACUUGCUGUGAACAUCUAGCUUUUCCUCAUUGUCUAUGCUGGUUAGUUAUCCAGUCCUCCCGGGAUAGUGUAUAAGAGCAACUUGUGGGUGCUCAACCCAGACCUGCCCCAGUAGAUGUCCUUGUAUAUUAUAUUCCUCCCCUUUCUGUAUAUAACAUUUAACAGGAAUAUCCUGAGACGUAUUCGGCUAACGACUAGUGAAUCUGCUGCAAUGAAUGCAUGAUCAAUCGAUAGGUGGAUGUAGGAGGUAAGUACUAUGAGUUUGCAUGGUCCUUCCACUAGGCCUGAAAUUGAAUGUUCAUACCUUUCCUUGUAGCCAUGUGUAACACAAAUAAAUAUCUAUGUACCACACAA